AUGAACCUUAUGAAACGAGUAGAGUUUCUGGGACCACAUUUCAAUGCAAUGUGCAAACGGAGUUGUGCUAACUCCCUACUCACACCAUUGUCAAUUUAUCCAAAUACCUUUCUCAUAGACCAAAUAGUGAGAGACUUCUUGCAUGCUGUUUAUGCCACACUACCCAACUCCAGCCAAGGCACCAAGAUGGAGCUGGCCUGCACCCUAUUUGUGCAAGCAGAGAUGCCACUCUCCCGCUGCUUUGUGAAGCAGGCCUUCUGGUAGGCCAACUGCAGCCUGGAGCCAGCCAACCUCAGUGAGUCCAAUAGCACCACCGUCCAGGCCAAGGAGUGGGCCUUCAGGCAGAACGCAGGUGAGGGCCCAGAGGGCUCAACGUGGGACCAACGUGGCGCAGCAUUUGCUCAGCUGACGCUUGUAAGCACCGUGUCUUUCCAAAGCUCCUGGUGGCAGAGAUUCCCCUCCACAGACACUUAGGUCCUGCCUUUCACCUGAGGCCUCAUCCUCCAGGUCCCCAUGAUGUACCAAAUGGCUGAGGUCAACUAUGGCCAGUUCCAGGACUCUGUGGGCCAUCAGGUGGGAUUGCCGGAGCUUCCUUACCCGGCAAGUACAGGGAGUCUACUCCUGGUGCUGCCAUGUGACAAAGACGCCUCACUGAGCUACGUUGAUGCACACCUCACAGCCAGCAUCAUCCACAUCUGGACCUCCAGCCUGAGGAGAGCCAGAAUGGAGGUGUUCCUGCCCAGAUUUAGGAUCCAAAAUCAUUUCAACUUAAAAAAUAUUUUAAAUUCUUGGGGAGUCACCGAUCUUUUUGAUCCACUCAAGGCUGACUUGAAAGGAAUUUCAGGUGACAACAGGUUUGUUUCCAGGAUGGCUUUUGUUUCUGAAGCAAUCCACAAAGCCAAGACUGAGGAUUCAGAGGAAGGCACCAAGGCACCCGCAGCCACACCUCUAUUGUUACUAAAAAGGUCUUGGAUUCCUAUUUUUAAAGGAGAUUGGCCAUUCAUCCUUUUCCUGAGAGAACACAACACAGGUAUUAUAGUAUUUUUUGUUAGAAUUCAGAUAAAUUAAAUUUAGCAGUGUCUCUGUAGCAACAAGGGUUCAUUUGUCCACUGUAGCCUAAAGCAAGCAUUCCCUCUAGCUAGUUCCUAUGGUGUGCAUUCCCUCUAG